UUUGGUCCAAAUUUUUCAACACUUAACAGCACCAGCAGAUCACACAGUGAGGUUACCUGACAGACUCCUUUAUUUAUCUUCUUUCUCUCAUUUUCAAAUAACUGUGAUGAAUCACAGCAAAGUUGAAUUUGAGCCUUUUGACUAUUCCUACUAUGACUAUCCGGACUGGUACUCGAGCAAUGCAGAACCAACAACACUACCCAAAGAAGUGAUUUUACCAUGUUACCCCACAGCAGAUGACAAGCUCUUCCACAUAUGUAUGCUGUCAAUAUCUAUUGUGAUCAUGUUGAUUCUGGCUGCUCUUACUAGGAAAAACAAUUUCUGCCAAGGAUUUACAAGAGGAUCCUCUAGUAUCUUCAGUCCAGCCAACUUCCUGGACCAGACUCAGGAUAAAGGCCUGGUAAUGGCUGUUUUUGGACUGGUUUUCAGCAAGCUGGCUAUGCUGGUGAUUGCUCCAAACCCUCUGCCUUUCUCCAAAGAUCAUCCAGCUGAAAUGAAAGAGUACAUGAAGAUCAUUGCCAUCUUCUACUAUCCACUCCUGUACUAUCCUCUGUUGGUGUGUGGAACUCUGCAGCAUAGAACAGGUUAUGUGUUUGGGGCACUCCUCUCCUUCAGUUACUCCGGCGUCUUGGUGUGGCAGAAGUUUGACUGUCCAAAGACUCCAGAGAUCUAUAAGUACUAUGCUCUGCUUGCAAGUCUUCCUCAGCUGGCCUGCCUUGCAUAUCUCUGUGUCCAGUUUCUUCUGUUGUUUGUCAAAGGCCCAAAGACUGAUGAGGACCUGGACAGCAGCUACUAUGUCGACUAUGUGAAGUUACUUCUCAAGAAAAAGUCCUCAGCUGUCAGCUCUUCAACUACAGAAAAACCAUCAUUGGCAGAGAGAAUAUUGGAAGUACCCAAGAGUUAUAUUUAUAUACCUGAAAAAUCUUUUCGUUUUCCACUAAAACUGGCAGUAUCUGCAUUUGUUGCUUUCCUGGCAAUAUAUCAUACAGCAUUGUUGUUGGUUGUCCUGGUUGUCCCCACCCUCCAUAUUGUUCGUGCUGGUAUUGAUGAAAACAUUGCCUUCCUGUUACUGGGGUUUGGGAUUGUUCUAUCAGAUGACAGGAUGGAGGUUGUCAAGAUUGUGACUUUCUACACUUGGUUGCUGGAAGUGUGCUACCUCUGUGCCAUGACCCUGUCUUGUUUGGUUGGUCUUACUAUGCUCAUGAGGUCCAUGGUUCUCCACAGGUCAAACCUGAAAGGACUUUACAACAUUUAUAACAGCCAGAAGACCAUCUGUCCAUCUAAACCUGCUGUUGUCUGUUGGAUGGGCUUGACAGGAUACCAGGCUGCCAUAAUCUGCCUUGGAAUGGCUGUCCAGACUGUUGUGUUUUUCAUCUGCUUCUUGUUCCUGGUGUUUUUGAUCAUCAUUCCAGUUUUUUAUGGACAUAACAUCGUCAUCUUUGAAAUUGCACGAAAGGCAUGGCCUGCCUGGGUUACACUCUUACUGGUUAAUGCACUGCAACAUGUGACUGCUAAGUUUGCUUUUAUUAAAAAGGAAGCUGGAACAAGAGACUUGAAGAAUAGAGAUAGUCUGUUCCUGUUGACAUACAUGCUCUUCCUUAUCAACAUUGUGGUGGGACUGGUUGUUGCCAUAUGGAGAAUGGUGAUAACAGCUUUGUACAAUAUCCUCCAUCUUGGUCGUAUUGACAUCAGUCUGCUGCACCGCACUGCAGAGUCCUAUGACCCAGCCUACCGAUACUACACCCAGUUCUUGAGGGUCGAAGUCAGUCAGUCACACCCAGUGAUGAAGGCUUUUUGUGGGCUGCUGCUGGACAUGAUGGUUGAGGGUGGCAGAGCUGGACAGAAAAUCCAAGAUGCAGAGGGAGCCUGCUCCUCCUUCAUGCUUUCAGGGAUUCAGGAGAGCAGACCAAGCAAGGCAACCAGCAGUCGGAGGAUUCGUUCUCGCUGGCAGCUGCUGUACACACUGGUUAACAACCCUUCCCUGCUGGGUUCCAGGAAGCACUUCCACACACAACAGAUAUCAGAGAGUGUCCGGAAUGGCACCCCCAAACACAGCUUCAAGAAGGGCAGCAAGAAAUCAGCCCCUGAGCCUGAACCAGCCACUGAAAUCCUCACAAAUCAGGAGACAACUGAAUGCGGUUCCUCAUCUAUAUGAUGGAGUUGGUAGCUUAAAAAUCAAAUUUAAAAAAUCUGAAGUUCGAAAAAAAUUGUCUCCAACCUGUUACAUUUUUGCUGUACAGUUGCAGGUGAUGAAUGAGUUCAUGAGAUUAUUUUCUUUGUUAAUCCUUUUUAAAAUGUUGGCAAACCCACUUUAACAUCACAGUCACACGUCAAGCCUGGGCAGCCUCAGAUAAUCUUGCUUGUUCUUGCUUUGUGGAUGAAACUGUGUCACAAUAAUAUGAAUCAGCUCCCAGCAAAGAAAAAUUAACUUUCAGAAUUAUAUAGUACAGACUGAGUGACUGAAUGUCAAAGUGAGCAUCAGGAUUUGAGUGGAGGUCAAUACGAGGCUGUUCAUUAGUCUCUCUUUUACCCCAUGGUUCUGCCUCAUGGGCAGUUAGUUGUCAGUAUGCCCUCUGUUCUCCAUGAUUUCCAUGGAAGGUAACAUAUUUCAACCUAUGUUUAGAAUAAAUCUGUAACACUGGAGUCAUAAGGACUUUAUACAUACUACAUUGUAAGCUUUUGUUGCUUUGCUGUCUUGUGUUAUUAUUAAUAAUAAUAAUAAUAAUAAUAAUAAUAAUAUAAUUAAUCUUAAUGUUAUUGUAUGUCAUCACAUAUUAAGAGAUGUGGGUGUUU